CAAGAGGGCCAAGUUGGCCAAUGAAGAUCUCCCCUGUAACCUAAUCCAUCUUUUAUUCUUUACAAUUUUUUUUUGUUUCUAAUUCAAUUCGCUCUCAUCAAUCGUUGACUCCAAAUCCCCAAUCCACACGCUCCCUCAUAUUUAGGGUUUUUGUUUUCACUCCAAAAAUUCCAUCAUUUCAAACCCUUAAUCGUUUUCACUCAAAAAGAUUCCAAGAAACAUUCAAAUCUUACGCAACUUUUCUCCAAUUUCAUAACUCAAAAGUCAAUCCCCCCAAAUUCCCUUUUGCACCCACCAUAAUAAGUGCUUUUAGAACCCUAAUUUACCUCACAAUCAGAGAUCGUACGGAGUUUGAACUCGAUUUCAUCCACAGGUGUGUUCGUUUUCUUGAUUAUUAACUGUUUUAGGGUUUGAUUGAGAUUGUUAGGGUUUAGGGUUUGGUAAUUUGGGGAAAAGAUUUGAUUUUUAGGUCAAAAGUGGAUGAUUCUGAUUGUUCAAGAUUGUUAGGGUUUAGGGUUUGGUGAUUUGGGGAAAAAAGAUUUGAUUUUUAGGUUAAAAAUGGGUGAUUCUGAUUAUUUAGGGUUUGGUGAUUUGGAGAAAAGGUUUGAUUUUUAGGCUAACAAUGGAUAAUUCUGAUCAUUCGACUGUUCGAGAUUGUUAGGGUUUAGGGUUUGCUAAUUCGGAGAAAAAAGGUUCGAUUUUUAGGUUAAAUGGAUAAUUCAGAUUACUCGAGGAAUCGGGGGAAUGAUUAUCUGGGUGUGAACAAGAUUGGGAAGAAUAUAAGAAAGAGUCCUUUACACCAACCGAAUUUCGCUAAUCCGGCUAGACAACAACCGCAGCCUCAAGUGUACAAUAUUAACAAGAAUGAUUUUCAGAGUAUUGUUCAACAGCUUACGGGUUCACCUUCACGACAGUCUCAGGAACCGGUUCCUAGACCGCCACAUAACUCGCCUAGACCGCCUAGUAUGCGGUUGCAGAGGAACCGUCCGUCACCGUUAACACCGUUGAACGUAAGUAGACCGCGAAUGGCCGUUCAUCAUAUGCCACCGCAGGAACAGAUGCCCCCUCAACGCCCGAUAAAUGGUGCAGUUCAUGGUGCUUAUAAUGGUGGUAGUAAUCUUGCUAGGCCGCCUUAUAACAGUCAGCAACGGCCACCACCGCCGGCUAUGGCGGCACCACCGGGUUCUGGUGAUCAUACGGGGUGGUCGAACACUGCGGAGUCUCCUAUCUCUGCGUAUAUGCGGUACCUUCAGCAUUCGAUAAUCGAUUCAACACAAGGACCGCCUCAGCCGCAAGCUAAUCCUCAGUAUAAUCAAAAUCAUCAAGGUCAAUCCCAAAUGCAAAGUCAACCGCAUCAGCAACCGCAACAUCAGCAACAGUCGUCGGGAUUGAUACCUUACCCGCUCGCGCCGUCACUUCCGUCUCCUCGUAUGAACGGUCCACCACCUCUUCCGUCACAUCGGAUGAACGGCGGCCCGGGUCCACCUCUUCCACCGCUUCCGUCACCAAGAAUGAAUGGCCCACCUCCGCCAUUACCAUCACCAAGAAUGAACGGCCCACCUCCGCCAUUACAUUCACCAAGAAUGAACGGCCCACCACCGCCGCUGUUACCGCCAUUACCAUCACCAACGUCUCAGUUUCUUCUGCCGUCACCUACCGGUUACCUAAACUUAUUAUCGCCUCGAUCACCGUACCCGUUACUUUCUCCCGGAUACCAGCAUCCGCCACCGUUGACGCCAAAUUUUUCGUUUUCACCGAUGACGCAACCGGGAAUGUUCGGUUCCGGACCGCAACCGCCACCUUCGCCCGGGAUGGGGUUUCCGUCACCAGGGUUUUUCUCGAUUUCAAGUCCGAGAUGGAGGGAUUAGACGGAUAACGGCAGAAAGACGCUAACUUUGUAUGGAUUCAUCGCUGCAGCAGUACCUUAACAUAAGGUAAAUUGGCGGUAAAAUAGUCUGUUGGAAGCUGUUUUGUUUUUCUGUUUAUACACUUUGAAUGGUUGUUUAGACUAUAUAGUUGGUAAUACUGAUGAUCCGUUUAUUUCUUGAAAAAUUUUACAUUAGGUGGUUGACCAGAAAAUGCAGGUUGAGUCAACAUUAAAUUUAUUUCAGUUUGUAGACUUGUUGCAAGAUACGUUUAUGGUUAUUGGAAUUUGUUCUUUUUAUGUGAUGCCUAA